GUCUUCACCGAAUAUUACCAUAAAAAAAAAGGGACCGAUGAAGGGAAAACCAGCACGGGGAGUGGGGCCGAGCGGCAACUUCGGAGCCGAUCCUUGUAACGACACAACCUUCGUGUCUUGAAAAAAAUCGUCGUCCCGUAGAAUUCAGGGCCAAAGCUUUGCAUCGAUUUCCAUUACCAAUGGCGUUUUCUUCUCGUCUAUCUCCGAUUUCGUUGCCUUCUUCUUUCACUUCCCAUUCUGAAGCAGCUUCUCUGUGUUUUACCACCUUCGAUUGUCUAAGUCCUCAAAAAAGGCGAAGCUGUACCAAGUUUCGGGGUUUGAAUUUCCAUCUUCCGCCUUCGAUUUCUGCUUCAAGUACGGUGGCCACCGGUGCUGUGUCACCGGCAGCAGUUGCAAAUUCGAGUGGGCCAGUUACUUCAUUCAGUAAUUUGAUUGAAUCUCUGAUUAAUCGCGUGGAUUUGUCGGAGGAUGAAGCGGAGGGUUCUCUUGAGUAUCUUCUUAACGAUGCCAGCGAGGCUUCAAUUAGUGCUUUCCUUGUGUUGCUCAGAGCCAAAGGAGAGACUUAUGAAGAAAUUGUGGGACUUGCGAGGGCGAUGAUCAAGCACAGUGUGAAGGUGGAUGGCUUAUUUGAUGCCAUUGACAUUGUUGGAACAGGUGGUGAUGGAGCAAACACAGUAAACAUCUCAACUGGUGCUUCAGUACUUGCUGCAGCAUGUGGCACAAAGGUUGCAAAGCAAGGGAACCGUUCGAGUUCUUCAGCAUGUGGAAGUGCUGAUGUCUUAGAGGCAUUGGGGGUAGUUAUUGAUUUGGGACCUGAGGGAGUUGCCAAGUGUGUUGAUGAAGUUGGAAUUGGCUUCAUGAUGUCUCCCAAAUACCAUCCUGCAAUGAAGAUUGUCAGUCCUGUCAGGAAGAAGCUAAAAGUAAAAACUGCAUUUAACAUACUCGGCCCUAUGCUUAAUCCGGCUAGAGUCCCCUUCGCUGUUGUUGGUGUAUAUUCUGAGAACUUGGUCUCCAAAAUGGCUAAAGCACUGCAACUAUUUGGCAUGAAAAGAGCAUUAGUAGUUCACUCUGAGGGUCUGGAUGAGAUGAGCCCUCUUGGACCAGGAUUUAUUCUUGAUGUAACACCCGAAAAGAUUGAAAAGGUUGCAUUUGAUCCAUUGGAUUUUGGCAUCCCUCGCUGCACCCUAGAUGAUCUUCGAGGGGGAGGCCCCGAUUAUAAUGCCGAGGUGAUGAAGCGUAUAUUAUCCGGAGAAAAGGGGCAUAUUGCAAAUGCACUUAUCCUGAAUGCUGCUGCUGCUCUUCUGGUUAACUGCCGAGUAACCACCUUGGCCGAGGGAAUUGAGUUGGCUCGGGAAACUCAACAGUCUGGAAAAGCCAUGAAGACCCUUGAUUUGUGGAUAGAACUCUCCAAUAAGCUAAAAGAAGUAUAUGCCUAGGAGCUCUUAAACUUGAGCUGCUGAGUAAGAUUAAGAAGACUGAGAACUUCCCUUUUUUGAAUAUUGUUUCAAGAUGAUAAUCCGGCCUUUAUCAACUGCAUUCGACAGUUUGAGUUGACCAUCUUUUUGUGAUCAAAUCAAACAGUUAACUAUUUAAAUAAAAUACAUUAUCUUUUCUCCUUACUAAGGUGCAGUUGAGGGCGACAGAACUUGAACGAGUCCACUGAGCUAGCACUGGAGUACUGACCAUUAACCAUGGUGGAGUACGUAGACAAUCCUUGUCAUAAUGUUUGUAAUAAAGCUGUUUAAGUUUUAUUUUUGGACAUUGAGGAGUUUAAGAUUGUUAUGUCUCGUUUUCAUUAUGAAUAAUAAAAAUCUUUAUACUUAAUUGAACCACA